AUGCUGCUGCGGCUGGAGGGCGGCCUGGCGGAGAGCCCGGUCAUCGUCUGCGCCGACUCGCAGGCGGCGCUCGCCACACUGGCGAGUGGGGCUGGGAGCCAGGCGACAGCACUCGGCGCCGCCGUAUGGCGACUGCUCCUGGCGCUCACGGACGGAGGACGCCGAGUCUUCAUGCAGUGGAUCCCAGCGCACUGCGGAAUACCCGGCAACGAGAGAGCGGACGUGCUGGCUAAAGAGGCAUCCAGCCUGUCGCAAGACGCCGUCCCAACGGACGUCCGCUCGAUGGUGAAGGCAGUCGGCCGCUCCGCCACCAAGGCAUGGCGUCGCAGCUGGCCAGACAGCUUCUUCAAAACCAUCAUGGGAGACCGGAUGCCGAUGCCGGUGCUCCUGGAGUCUCGCGACGAGGCGGUCAACGUCCACCAGCUGCGGGCGGGACACUGGAGCCGCUCGCAGAGCUACCUUCACAGAAUCGGACGCCGCCCCGAGCGCGACUGCCCACAGUGCAGUGAUCUGGCCUGCCCGGCGGCGCGCUGCCUGGUGUGUCGCGAGGGCCCAGACACGCCGGAGCACGUGCUGCUGAGGUCCGCGGCUACCUCAGUCACCAAGAGCCGUUGGGCUACGGUCGGCCGUGAGCCGACCCGGGGAGACCAACAACAACAACAACAGUGCCACCGCCUGGCGCAGGUGCUCGUCGGCCUAGACUGCUCGCGGGGGUAUGUCGCCGACGAAGAGGCCGAGUCCAUCGUCCACCUGUGGCACCAGCUCUCCGCCGGCGACAGAGCCAAGGUGGCGGCCUCCCCGCGGUACCAGCACCGGCUGACGACCGGCCGGUUUAAACAGCCGAAGACCAGUCGGCUGUCUGGUGUCGUGCCGGGCGUGGACAGCGCACGGAGAGUCUCACUCAAGCGAGGAGCGGUUCCCGCGCAACGACCCGACUUGAACCGGCUCGCUGAGACGGUCGUCCGCCUGCUCUGCGAGCGGUACCGAAACCCCAGGCGCAGCGGAGGGUCGGUCCAGUCGCGCUGGGCGCAGAUCCUGGCCCACCACUCCAGCCUGCGGGACAUUCUCCUCAAAUGUCCCGCAAUCACCCAGCGGACUGGAGUCAACCUGGCGGCUCUGAACCAGCACACGCUCACGUCCUGGUUCAACGAGCACCAGAAGGAGACGGAGCGGAGAGCUCUUCUCCAGGGCGUGCAGCUGCCGCCAGCCCGUCCGAUCGCCGCAGUCGCCCUGCCAGCACCGGCGCCGCGGCUGAUGCAGGUGCAGGUGGUGCGGGUGGACUGCCGCCGCCCACCGCACCACUUCGUCCUGCCUGCCGACACGGUCGGACAGGCGCAGACCCGCCGUCGCCCGGCCGAGGACACCGGCCACGACACCGCCGCCAAGAGGCCCUACACGCGCCGGCAGCCCACCAACACCUGCGGCCAGUGCAAAGGCGCUCUGACGGCGGACACGGGGCACAGACGGGGGAAGGGCGGCCCAUGAAGCCGAAACAAGGUUUUCUGUCCCGUUGCCAACCCUGAUCUAACAUACGAUCAGUGGUUGGCAAAGUUCAAGUGAGAAGUAUGUCUUGUACCUAUGUAUGUAUGUCUUGUCUAUGUUUUGUGUCCUGUAUGCCUGGCAAGUCCAACGCCAGACACCGGCGGAACUGCUUCAGGGCCGCUCUCUCCGGCCGCAGCUCAGGCGCUGCGCCCCCCCCCCCCCAUGAUCGCCGCUGGCGCCACCUUUCGGCGCCCCGCCGCCGUCGAUGGGGAGAAAAAUAAACCAGAUCUGACUUCGGAUGCCGUCAUGGUGUUUGUGUGGCGUAGAACAACGACGAUAAUAGCGAGUUAAAACCGCCUGACACUGUUUCAGGGUUUGGCGUUUUUGUUCGUGAAUGUUUGCCUGUUCCUUUGAUACUUAGGUUUACGAUUCCCUUCCUUCGUUUGUUUGUUUGGUCGUUAAACAUUAAAUAUACCAGUGUAUAAUG